AUGGCCUCAUUGAAGCCGAGUAAAGCGCUUUAUUUUACGCUUAUCAGGAGUUUUCUGGUCAGCCUCCUCUCGCAUCUUAAUUAUCUAAUAUGCAAUGUUGGUGCUUUUCUCGUUUACAUACUCUCCCAAUUUUUUUUCGGGGAUUCACUGUCAGGUUCUAAUGACCUCGUUUUAUUUGAUUCUCCCUCUCUCUCUCUCUUUAUCUCUCUCUCUCUCUAUCUAUCUAUCUAUCUUUCUGCUCUUCUAUCUUUCUUUCUUCAUUUGAAACUGAUAUUUUUUUCCAUUUCACUGAAACACACGUUAAAAACUCUAUUUUCUCUUCUUUCUUUAUUUCUUUCUCUCUUUUUUAUUUCUUUCUCUCUUUUUUAUUUCUUUCUCUCUUUUUUAUUUCUUUCUCUCUUUUUUUAUUUCUUUCUCUCUUUUAAUUUCUUUCUCUUCUUUCUUUAUUUCUUUCUCUCUUUUUUAUUCUUUUCUCUCUUUUUUUAUUUCUUUCUCUCUUUUUUAUUUCUUUCUCUCUUUUUUAUUUCUUUCAUUUACUCACUGAAACAAAGUAUUGUGCUUUUAUGUGUUUUUCCUUUAGUACCAAUAGCUGGAGUUCGAGACAAAGGUUUGCAAUGCUGA